GUUGCAGCCACAUGCAUAGGUCCGGCCCAGGGUCAGAUGCAGCUUCCGGCGGGGUACGGACUGCAUCGUCAGAGCUCUGCUGCUCCCUCAGGACUGUACUCUGCGGGACCAGGGAAGGCGGCCGCAUUGCCACUGGACGGCCCGGCCUGCGGUUACUACUCGGGUCUCUAUCCGGCACCCGCGCCCACUCUGCCUCUGGCCCCGGGGGCUGCGCACACCGGCGCCUCCCCGCUGUACCCUUCAUUUGGGAGUUACCACAGCAGUCCCACCCUCCACACUGCCAACUCCGCUGCCUCUCAGGGACUUCCUGCUGCUUGUGGCCCUCUCCCGGUGCCCACUGUUUCUAGUGCCGCGCACCCCAGCACCUCCCGCUCUCCUCUGCCUGCCGGGAGCCCCUACUUGCCAGCACUGACGGCCCAGAGUGCUGCAGGGGGCUCCUUUCCGGGCUGGGGUGCACAGCUCGCACCUCUGAGCUGCCCGGCAGGGCCCGCUGCACCCCCAUCCCAGCAGCAGAGCCUGUCAGGGUACAGCGCCCCUCCUUGGCCGCUGCCCAGCCUCCCUCCGGCCCGGGAAGGUCUCCAGAACUCUGCCGGCAGCAGCCCUGCAAAUCCAGUUGCAGACCCUCUAGCCUGUCCUGGCACGCAGAGUGUCCCGCCUCCCAGGUCCAGCCCGGCUAUGUCCACUGUGUUGCCAGGAUCCCGGUCACCACGGGCGCCACCUGCUGGGCAGCACCCUGGGGAGCCUGUGGCCUUGGGUUCUCCUCAGCCAGUGUUGCCGCCACAGAAAGGCAUGCAGUAUGGUGACUAUGUUAAUAAUCAAGCUAGCUCCGCACCAACUCCCUUGUCAUCAACUUCCGAUGAUGAGGAAGAGGAGGAGGAUGAGGAAGCAGGUGUGGACAGCUCUUCCACCACGAGCAGCGCUUCCCCGGUGCCCAACAGCUACGAUGCCCUGGAAGGGGGCGGCUACCCAGAUGUGCAUUCUUCGUCGGCCAGCAGCCCUGUGCCGGAGCCCGCGCAGGAGCCGGACCCCACGCCCACCCCCACCGCCCCUCUGUCUGCGAAGAUGGCCAAGCCCUUCGCCCCGCACGCCGCCUUCCCGCCGUACCUGCAGCAGUACCCGGGUGUGAACCAGCUGCCUUCUGCACUAGGAGGGCUGAGUCUUCAGAGCUCUCCACAGCCCGAAAGUCUGCGGCCUGUCAACCUCACACAGGAGAGGGACGUCCUGCCAGCCACUCCCGUGUGGGCUCCCGUGCCUAACCUGAACUUGGACCUCAGAAAGCUGAACUGCAGCCCUGAUUCCUUCCGGUGCACUCUGACCAGUAUCCCACAGACACAAGCGCUGCUGAAUAAAGCCAAGCUUCCUUUGGGGCUGCUGUUACACCCCUUCCGAGACCUGACGCAAUUACCAGUGAUAACGUCCAACACCAUCGUGCGGUGCCGAUCCUGCCGAACGUACAUCAACCCUUUCGUGUCCUUCAUUGAUCAGCGAAGAUGGAAGUGCAACCUGUGCUACAGAGUCAAUGACGUCCCUGAGGAAUUUAUGUACAACCCCCUUACCCGGUCUUACGGAGAGCCUCAUAAGCGACCUGAAGUUCAGAAUCCAACUGUGGAGUUCAUCGCAUCCUCCGAUUACAUGCUCCGCCCUCCUCAGCCUGCGGUUUACCUGUUUGUUUUAGACGUGUCUCACAACGCUGUGGAAGCCGGGUACUUGACAGUUCUGUGCCAGUCGCUGCUAGAAAACUUAGACAAGCUUCCUGGAGAUUCACGAACAAGAAUAGGGUUCAUGACCUUUGACAGCACCAUCCAUUUCUACAAUUUACAAGAGGGCUUAUCGCAGCCUCAGAUGCUGAUCGUGUCUGACGUAGACGAUGUUUUUCUGCCUACACCAGAUGGUUUACUUGUGAAUCUAUAUGAGAGCAAAGAGCUUAUAAAGGUCUUGUUGAAUGCGUUACCAAAUAUGUUCACCAGCACAAGAGAAACACACAGUGCCCUUGGCCCGGCGCUUCAGGCUGCCUUUAAAUUAAUGUCUCCAACAGGUGGCCGUGUGUCUGUAUUCCAGACACAAUUGCCUUCCUUGGGCGCAGGGCUGCUGCAGUCCCGAGAAGACCCCAACCAGAGGUCCAGCACGAAGGUGGUGCAGCAUCUCGGCCCUGCAACCGACUUCUACAAGAAGCUGGCUCUGGACUGCUCGGGCCAGCAGACGGCAGUGGACCUGUUCCUCCUGAGCUCCCAGUACUCCGACCUCGCUUCUCUAGCCUGCAUGUCCAAGUACUCUUCGGGGUGCAUCUACUACUACCCAUCUUUCCACUGUGCCCACAACCCUGCCCAAGCGGAGAAGCUGCAGAAGGACCUAAAGCGGUAUCUCACCAGGAAGAUCGGAUUUGAAGCCGUGAUGCGGAUACGGUGUACGAAAGGUCUCUCCAUGCACACCUUUCACGGGAACUUCUUCGUACGCUCCACUGACUUGCUGUCUCUCGCCAACAUCAACCCCGAUGCGGGCUUCGCAGUGCAGCUGUCCAUUGAGGAGAGCCUGACGGACACCUCCCUGGUGUGCUUUCAGACGGCACUGCUCUACACGUCCAGCAGAGGUGAGCGGCGCAUCCGAGUGCACACACUCUGCCUGCCGGUGGUGAGCUCGCUCGAGGGUGUGCACGCAGGGGCGGACGUGCAGGCUGUCAUCUGUCUUCUCGCAAACAUGGCUGUGGAUCGAUCGAUUUCAUCGAGUCUGUCGGACGCAAGAGACGCCUUAGUGAACGCAGUCGUGGACUCACUGUCUGCAUACGGUGCCACCAUCUCAAACCCACGGCGCUCCGGCUUGAUGGCCCCCGCCUCCCUCAAGCUGUUUCCUCUCUAUGUCCUGGCUCUUCUCAAGCAGAAGGCGUUUAGAACAGGCACAAGCACGCGCCUGGACGACCGGGUACACGCCAUGUGUCAGAUCAAGUCCCAGCCGCUCGUCCAUCUGAUGAAGAUGAUCCACCCCAACUUGCACAGGAUAGACAGGCUGGCGGACGAGAGUGCCAUCCACGUGAACGACAGGGUGGUGCCUCAGCCGCCCCUCCAGAAGCUGUCUGCAGAGAAGCUGACGCGAGAGGGCGCCUUCCUCAUGGACUGCGGCUCAGUUUUCUACCUUUGGAUUGGAAAAGGCUGUGAGAGUAGCUUCAUAGAGGAUGUGCUCGGCCACCCUGAUUUCGCGUCCAUACCACAGAAGAUGACUCAUCUUCCAGAGCUGGACACGCUUGCAUCGGAGAGAACCAGGUCCUUCCUGACGUGGCUUCGGGACAGUAGGCCACUGAGCCCGGUGCUGCACGUGGUAAAAGAUGAGAGUCCUGCCAAAAUGGAAUUCUUCCAGCAUUUGGUAGAAGACCGGACAGAAGCUGCGUUCUCAUACUAUGAGUUUCUGCUUCACGUCCAGCAGCAGAUCUGUAAGUGAAGCAGGAAGACAGAUGCAUAACCUAGGUAACGCACAGUCUACUGCAGAAGCACACGGUACCUUGCCACAGACAGGGUGCACACCACGGUGCACACACUCGCUUGCUCUCUCUGGGGCUGCGGAGAUGGAAAGGGAGGAGCUGGCACCGCCCCGAGAGCCACAGUGCCGUCCCCAGGCGUGCAGAGCAGCGCUGGCAGUUCCCGCAGCCACAGCCCUGCGGAGCGGCGUGUCAUAGAUGUGUCAUACUGUAACGUAGCUACAUUUGUUUUCUUAUGAGUUGGGAUGUUUCUGGACUUGACCUUUGACCAGAGGCAGCAGUGCAGGGUUCCUUGUUUAUUUGAGUAACUUUUUGACAAGGAAUGACUCUGUACUCAUUGAAUGAAUUGAACAUGUUCCCCGUAAAGAUGGGAGUUUCUUACAUGAGCUAUAGAAAAAAGUAUAUAUAUGAUGUACAUACGUGUUACAUUUGUAAAGAAAAUGUAAAAAUGUAACUACAGAACAUGAAUUGCUCGGGCUGUGCCGCGUUGUUGGAUGGCGGCUGUUUGUCACAGUGGAGGGUGAGACUGACUAAGGCAUAUUAUGAAUCGAGACCACAGAAGAAACUCAGAACUCUUUGUAAUGCUGUUAAAUCUUUUAUGUGGAUUUAUUUAUGAUCAGCCUACUAAUUAAAAAUAU